AUGGAAAACGAACAAUUCUAUCGAGGUCGAUUUGAUUAUGUAGGAGAUCGCAAAUUAAAUUCAGUACGUAUAUUUAUUAGUUCAACAUUUUCUGAUACAACUGAUGAACGCAAUGGACUUAUUGAACAUGUAUAUCCUCAAUUACGCAAGUAUUGUCGUACUAAAUAUAAUAUUCAAUUUCAAUAUUCUGAUAUGCGUUGGGGUAUUCCAUCAACAGCAUCCACAUCUCAUUCAAUUGUUGACAUGUGCCUUCAAGAACUUGAUAGUUGUUGUCGAUUAUCAAUGGCUACAAAUUGUAUAAUUCUCUUGAGUCAUCGAUAUGGUAGUCGUCUUGUUCCAGCAUGUAUAUCAUUUCGUAUAUUUCAAUUACUUGAAGAUAGUCUAUCAACAAAUAUUGAAGAAAAAAAUUUUCUAUUAGAAAUGUAUCAAUUAGAUGAAAAUUAUCUUGAACAAAAAUAUUUUCUUCGAACAAUUGAUGAUAAUCAACAAUGGACAUUAUUAGAAAAUAAAUUACAAUUAAUUUUACGAAAAGCAGCUGAUAUUUGUUAUAAACAAAGAAAAAUAACUAAAGAUGAACGAAAUGAAUUUUAUAUAUCAGUUACAGCAAAAGAAAUUUAUCGUGCAUUAAAAAAUAAUAUGAAUAAAUAUCGACGAAUAAUUUUUUUUUAUCGAAACAUACUUGAUAUAGAAGAACUUGAUUCAAAAUAUCGUGAAACAGAAAAUACAGAUGAAAUAAAAAAAUUAUUAGAAAAAAUUAAUAAUUUACUUCAUCGAUCAAUUGAUUCAUCUGAUAUUUAUACAUAUAAAAUUCGAUGGAAUGAUAAAAAUAAUCGAAUAAAAUAUUUUUCACAAUUUUUUGAAGAUUGUUAUCAUGCAAUUAAAUCACAAAUUGAUUUUCAUAUGAAAACAUAUGAAAAUCAACAAAAUAAUAUUUUAUAUAAUCAAAUAUUAGAACAUGCUAUUCAAUGUAAUUUAUUAAUACAACGAUAUUUUCCUCGACAAGAUAUUUUUGAACAAAUUAAAAAUUAUAUAAUGUCAACAAGCAAUUGUCCUUGUAUUUUACUUGGAGAAUCAGGAACUGGAAAAUCAUCAAUUAUGGCUAAAGUUGUCAGAGAAAUUCCAAUUUGGUAUUCAGCAACGAAUUCUUUAUCUGUUAUUAUACGUUUUUUGGGUGCAACUCCAUCUUCAAGUGACAUUCGUCGUCCAUUGAUAUCAAUUAUUGAACAGAUUUGUACAAUUUAUCAUUUGGAUAAACCAUCAAAUGUAGAUAAUGUAAAAGAAAAUCUUGAAAAUAUUUUAAUGCAUAUUCCAAAAGAUCAAUAUCUUAUUCUUCUUCUUGAUGCAAUCGAUCAACUUCAAUCUGUUGAUUUAAAAAAUUUAUCAAUAUGGUUACCAACAAAAUUUCCAUCGGCUAAUAUUAAAUGUAUAAUUUCAACUAUUUCAGAAAUCGAAAUCGAAAGAACAACAAUUGAUAUUCGUCAACAAUUACGAA